CAGCGGCUGCGUUUGUUUACUUACGUUUAUAAGUUGGCAAGAAUUUUAAAGCAAAAUGCCAUCUGCGCGAAUUCUUGCUCUGGAGUACUUGCGAAGACAAAAACUUCAAAAGGCUAGGCUACAGAGGAAAAUACUUAGAAGCUCGUCCGAUUUUCUUUCGCAAACAGAUGAAACGUUUCGGUACAAUUUCCGACUUGAUAAACAUACAUUUAUAAUGGUGUUUCAUCUGAUUGAGGAGCACAUCCCAAAAUCAUCAAUUCCGCCCUUGUUCCAGCUGGCCACGGUUCUGCGGUUCCUGGCAGUUGGGUCCUUUCAAAGAGUAAUUGGGAAGGACUCUGACCUGGCCCUUUCUAGAACCACGGUUUGCAAAAUAUUAUGGGAUGUUCUUCCCUUGAUGGAAAGGAUUCUUUGCCCAAAAUUCAUUAAAUUUGACCAAACCAAUGAGGCUAUCCUCAAACCUAAAACCCAUUUCUACAAUAAGUAGUCCAUGAGUUUGCUCGUAAGGAACUUUCCUCUAAUAAAAAUUCUUCGGUUCCAAAAAACUAGAUUUCAUUUUGCACUAUCAAAAUGUUCGUGGCCUUCUCAGCAAGCUAACUAGUUUGCAUGCAAACAGUGCUGCUUUUGACUCGAGCAUUAUUGCCUUCACAGAAACUUGGCUUAAUUCUACCGUAUCCGAUAGUGAAAUAAUGUCCAAUAAAUAUUUCAUUUAUAGGCGUGAUCGCCCCUCUCGUCGAGGUGGUGGUGUCCUAAUUGCCGUAAAAUCCGACUUAUCGUCCCAAGCGUUGUCCAUUGCUGACACGGCCGAUAUUGAGUUUAUUGCUGUAAAAAUAUGCCUGCAAAGCUCCAACCUCUUUGUAACUUGCUCGUAUAUUCCUCCAUGUUCCCAAGCUUCUACAUAUUUGCAGCACCUCGCCGCUAUUAGGAACAUAUCUUCAUCCGCUGAUGCUUCAGAUCACAUUAUUUUGGGUGACUUCAAUAUUUCUCAACUAUCCUGGCUGCCAUAUGAUGAUCUUGCUGCACUAGUUCCCAGCGAUCAGAAUGAUUUCCUAGAUGGUCUUAUCGCCUUAUCCCUUGGCCAAGUAAAUUCCAUACCCAAUCAGAAUGGGAGAUUCCUAGACCUUAUAUUUGUAUCUGACUUUUGCGAUACCACUAUAACGCGCUGUACUCCGCUGUCCAGUCCUGAAGACCCCUAUCAUCCGACACUACAAAUUAACAUUAAUAGUGUGGUUCAGUUCCCAAAUACUUCUGAAAAAGCGAUUCGGACUCGAUGCUUCCGGAAAGUCGAUUACUCGCUACUGUCGGCUUCCUUGACCCAAGUGGACUGGUCUAUACUCCAAAAUCUUUCACUUGAAAAUUCAGUAUCAAGCUUUUACAAUAUUAUGUAUUCCUUAUUUG